AUGAAUGCUGCUCAAAAUGAUUGGCGCCGUCAGUGGAAUCUCCGUCGGCAACAGGAUAGAGAUGAAAUAAGACAGCAGGCACAGGCAGAGCUUAUGGCAGCUAGAAUACAGCCUCCACAGGUACCUCACAUUCCUGAUGAACCUGCUCCUGUGCCUCCUGCUCCUGCAUAUGGCCCUAUUCAUUAUGAGGGUGCAGUUGGACCUCAGGACUUCAAUGAUCCCCUCCAUUACUUUGUGCCUAAUCCUGCACCACCUUUGCAUGCUCUGCCUCAACCUGAUUACCACCAGUUUAACAUCCAAUUUCAUCACCAUUUCCAGCAAGAAGAGAUGGAAAAUGAACGGAUUAGAAAUGACUUUCUUCAGAGACAAGCACAAGAGGCAUUUCAUCAACAGCAGAUUCAGCUGGAAUUGCAGCAGCAGGAAGCUAGGUGGAGAAAUAGAGAGGCUCAGUAUGCUUUUGAAAUACAGCAGCAGGAAGUUGAGUGGCACAAUAGACAAGCGCAGGAGGCUCAUCGCAUACAGCAGGAGGAGGCUGAGCGGGCUAAUAGACAAGCUCAGGAGGCUUAUCGCUUACAGCAAGAGGAGGCUGAGCAGGCUAAUAGACAAGCUCAGGAGGCUUAUUGCUUACAGCAAGAGGAGGCUGAGCAGGCUAAUAGACAAGCUCAGGAGGCUCAUCGCAUACAGCAAGAAGAAGCUGAGUGGGCUGAUAGACAGGCUCAGGAUAUUCAGCGAGCAGGUCAACAGGCAGAAGAGUGCCAACACCGCCAGGAGCAGAGGGAUCGUGAGCAACAGGAGUGUCUUGAAGAGGCAUUGCGCGAAUAUGAUAAUCCUGCUUCUCAGCAGCAGCAUGAAGACGAUGAGGAAAGAAGAAGAACUCAGGAGCAAGAACAUUGCUGGCAGCACAAUGCAGAGGAUGAUGAAAAUAUCAACCAGGCGCCUGUCCAAAAUAUCCCGAUCCCAGAUGGAGCUCGACCAUACACAGAACCCAUUGAUCGUCACUCUCUUGGUCCUCUUAAUGUGGAGUGCCCCAACUGCCAUGCCAUGCAUUUUGCAUGUGAGAGACUCACCAAAUCAUCCACACGAAACCCACGCUUUGGUACAUGCUGCUUGUACUCCUGUCUUGGACCACCCGUGUCCUUAGGUGCCGUGUUCUUAGGGAUGGAGACGAUGAAGAUCAGCAGGUCGAUGAGAACACAGUUCUAA